AUGGAUUCCAACACCUUUCAACAGGAGUUCACUUGCUCCUUAUGUGUAAAUUACUUCAUAGACCCAGUCACUCUAGGCUGUGGUCACAGCUUUUGUAUGCCUUGUCUUUGUAUCCUCUGGGAGGAGGCCCAAUGUCCUCCUUACUGCCCUGUCUGCAAGGAAACAUCCCAUCAAAGAGAUUUUAAAACCAACAUCAUUUUGAAGACAGAGGUAUUUCUCGCCAGACGGGCAAGACCUUACGACACACUGAGCUCUGCAGAACAGAUGUGUGAGAUACACAUGAAAACAAAGAACUUCUUCUGUGACGUUAUGAAAGAUCAGCUCUGUCUGCUGUGCUGUAAAUCAAAGGAGCACGAGGCCCACAGACAUUGUUCCACGGACUGGAUUGCUGAGGAAUACCGGCAAAAGCUCCUGAAAGAAAUGAGGUCUGUAUGGGAAAAGACACAAGAAAAUCAGAGAAAUCAAAAAAGAGAGAGCAGAAAAAUCAGAACAUGGGAGGGUUAUGUGUCUCUGCGGAGAGAGAUGAUCCGUUCUGAAUACAGCAAGGUGCACCAUUUGCUCUAUGAGGAAGAGAGACGUUAUUUAGAGAGAAUAGAACAAGAAAGCAAAGAGAUUUUACAACAACUCAAAGAAAGUGAGGACAACAUGGACCAAAUGGGGAAACUCCUAAGAGGAAUGUAUGAGGACCUCAAGGAAAUGUGCCAUAAACCAGACUUGGAAAUGCUCCAGUAACUAACUGUUCUUUUUUGCAGGAGUGAGUCACUGCAGCUGCACAUGCCCCAGCCUGUGGACCCACAGCUCAGUUCAUGGCCCAUCACGGGGCUGAUAGAGAGGCUCACCCAUUUUCUUGGUAAUAGACCACCCUUUGGAGGGGUAGCUGUAUCUCCUCCUCAGCUAGUGUCUAUGGAUCUGAGACGUUGGCUCUUCAGUUGCGAUCAUCCUGACGUUGUCACUAGUGCAACAAGAUCUAAAUACUUUCUCGCAUGGGGAACCCAGACAUUCACGGGUGGGCAGCAUUACUGGGAGGUGGACGUGGGGAACUGUUGCAACUGGGCCCUUGGAUUUUGUGAUGAUUCCUGGAUGAUGAAGAAGGAUAUGGAGCUUGAGUCAGAGGGAGUUUUUCUACUCUUUUGUAUCAAAGAAGACAAGGAGUGUUGUCUCUUUAGCUCCUCCCCUCUGUCUCCUCAAUAUGUAGAGAGGCCUGUGGGCCAUGUGGGGGUGUUCCUAGAUUAUGAACGUGGCGUGGUGAGCUUUGUGAAUGUGGUCAAUAGCUCCCUCAUUUGCAGUUUAUUCUUAGGUUCCUUCUCUCUUCCUCUCCGACCCUUUGUAUGCUCUGCACCCCGGUGA